CGGCACACCCGUGUUAGAAACGAGAAACAAAAGUCUCCACAUUCGGCAAAAUUUAGAUUGCUUUAUUUUAUAUACACAGAGCAAGCAGCGCGCUGGGGAUACAUGGGGGGCGCUGCCCACUUCAUGCUCCACCGAACUUUGGAAAGGCUUGUGAGAUGUUUACUGCUGCUCUCUGUGCUCUGCCUGGCUGGCUGUGAAGGCAACAAGAGUGAGCUGGUGAGCACCCAUGGCCUGAGGCCAGGGCUUGCCCUCCGUGUCAAGAGGAGCCCAGAUGCCUGCUUGCCAAACCCGUGCCAGCACCAGGGGCAGUGCCAGGUGGCUGUGGACAGACCAGUCUGCAGCUGCAAGCCAGGCUUCACAGGGGAAUUCUGCCAAGAUGUGGUGCUGAAGUUGGCCUGUGAGGAAGAGCACAUGAAGAUGAUGGUGAGGAAGGAGGUGUUUGAGUUCUUGAAAAUCCCACUGGAGCUUGUCCACUUGAAGAACAAGGCAUGCAAGGUCUCAGAGAAGGAAGAAGAGGGUGAGCUGUUUUUUGCAGCCACUCUCACAGGUGAAAAUCACACUGCCUGUGGAUCAGUAAUCCAGCGAAACAGCUCCCAUGUCUCGUACUCCAACGUCCUGGAGUCAGAGCAGGAGGCUGGCAGGGCCACGAUCUCCCGCAGUUUUCAGCUGCAGGUGCACUUCUCCUGCAUCUACGCCUACGAGCAGGUUGUGAGACUGCCCUUCUCGCUCACUGCUGUUGACAAGCUGGUACAGUUUGUGGUGAGAGAAGGACACUUCAAUGUCAGCAUGAGAUUGUACAAGUCCCCCUCCUACCUCGAGCCUUAUCACCUGCCCAGUGUGGCUGUCCCCCUCACGGACACACUCUAUGUCCUGCUGAAGAUAGAAGGGCAGCACCAGCUCAAGUACUUCCUGCUGAGUGUUUUGGACUGCUGGGCCACACCGAGCAUGGAUCCACACCAGGACAUGCAGCACAAGCUCAUCGAGCAGGGGUGUCCCCAUGACGAGACAGUGACCUAUCUGAAUGCCAUUGGAGAGAGCACUGCUGCCAAGUUCAGUUUCCAGAUGUUUCAGUUUGUUGGUUACCCCGAGGUGUUCCUGCACUGCCGUGUCCAGCUCUGUCUUCCUGACAGCCCAGAGCCCUGUGCCAAGCAAUGCCCCAGGCACUGGAGGAGCAGGAGGGCACUGGCAGAUGACUACAAUAGGAUUGUGUCCUACGGGCCCAUCCUCCUGCUGGCUGCGCCUUCCUCGGGAGCAGAGACCCCUCAUUCCAGCACUGACCAGCAGGACCCAGCGGGACCCAGCCCGUGGCUCUCCAGGGCUCUCAUUCCGCUGUGUGUGCUCGCUGUGCUCACUGUGGCUGCUGCGGCCGUCAGCGUGGGGCGGCGAGUGCUCUAGGAAGCAGCUGGGUCCCAAUAAACAUGACAGGAGCAGAGAGGCUCUGGCUGUGUCUUUAUGGGUGUUUUGGGGAAGGGGGUAAUGGUUGGAUGCAAACAAUGCUUGAAGAUGAGGUGCAUCACAGUGUUUCUGUUCCCUGCAGCAUCUCUUGGAAUUUCUCCCCUCUGGGCCCAUAACUAAACCCAGAGUAUGUACCCAGGGAUGGGUGAGUCCUUCCUCCUGCUUCCCUCUUCCCCCCAGAGUCACCCUGGUGUGUGGGGAGAUGGAAGGACCCCACUCUGGAUACCUGCCCUACCAAAGCUGGUCUUUGCAUAGCUCUGUGCCACCCAAAUGCAGUGUUAGCAGAGAAAGGGCUGCUUUGUGCAUGCACACGUGUGUGUGUGCACCCAUCCGUAGUGAUUUCUC